AUGAAGUGUAUAAAACGUCACGCUCUCUUUCUUCUCACGUUUCCCGCAACAAAUGGACUCACAGCUGUAGAAAAGGAAGAAUCUGAACAGGCACGUCAUACACUGAUCACGAUGGGUGUCAUUUUUGCUUUCUGGUUUGUCGUCGCUAUAAUUCUCACCUUGCUGCAAAGUUGUCUUCGGAGCACACUUGUCGGCGAGAUCAAAUCUCUCGGUUUCUGGACUGCCAUGAAGAGACAAUGGAAUCGUGCCUCUGCAAACGCCGUCGUCUACAGUAUCAACACAAACGGAAACGAAUCCGUCAGAAUUCUCAACGUCAACGAGUUCAUGACUAAUUAUUCUUAA